AUGAAUAUAAUCGAUCUUUUAAUCAAACCGUCCACGUCAGACACCAAUCUAUCUUACCCAGGGCUAAAGGCUCCUAUCCAUGAUGACAAUCUUAUGGCUGUCUGGGAAUCAGUUCUAGACCAGUAUGGCUUUCGUCUCAAACCAACCUCGGAGCGCAACACCCUCACAGACGCCAUCCUGACUCCAACCAGCGCACCAGUCUCAAGUUUCCUUCCAGACACCCCAGUCCAUAUUAAGGUCAUUGGCCGGCACAUGAAUGGUUCCUUCCGCUGUCACAUUGGCACCGGAAAAGCAUCUCGUCCCAUCCGCUCCACCGAACUGUGCCGCCAGAUGCGUCUAUUGGCAGUCUUCUUUAGAGCAGAGAAUAGUAAGAGCCAAUUGGUCUCCCCAGACUUCAUAUUCUUCCCAACCUGGCUCCUCCAUCUUUUCCGGUACACCCAGCACGGCUCGACUCCAGGCCGAACUGAUGUCAGAUUUCUCGAGAAUGCCGGUCUGGCCAAAGAAGACCACAUCUACCGUCUCAACCAUGUCCUCAACACCCUUUUUCGCUUCAACCUGCACAACUUUGAUGGCCAGAAAAUGCAGCGGGCCGUAGAACUCGCAAAUUACCUGUUUGAUACGGCCGGACUAGACCCAAGCUCGCUACCCAGACCCUACUUUCCUGGCGAGGACCUUGGCAAGCGAGAGCAACCUGGUCUGUACCCAACUCUUGUACUCCUCUUGCACACCCCGCGGCCAUCAAAAACAAAACCCUUUUGCCACAACUGCAACACCAAACCAGCCUCACGCCGCAAACUCUGUGUGGCUUGCUACAGAUACCAGCUCAAGCACGGCGAGGCACGGCCCCUCAGACUCAUUGUUGCCAACCGACCCGGACCCCGUCUCAGUGACCUGGCUGAUGCAACAUUAGCAGCAGCCUUAACCUCAGUCGAUACUCUAGCCACAGCUGACCACGGAAUGCCUUUGAUGUGCCCCAGCAAUGUACCAAGGACCAUGAUUGCCCCCAUACCAAGGUCUCAGAAGAGCUGCGCAAACUGCGGUGUCCAUGAGACUCAUCAGUGGUACCGCAAUCUCUGCGGCGCAGGUCAUUGGUGCGAAACUUGUAAGAGCUACUACCUCAGACACACCAAGGUGCGCCCCCCAGAGCUGUUUGUCAAGGCUGCCAAGCGCAAGGUUGAUGUCCGCACCCUCGUAAACUGGUCCUCCUGGGCCGCAGAAGAUGACACUGACGACACUGCAGCCAUAACAACAAAAAGUCGUCUGUCAACACCAAUCACCCGCCGAUCUUCAGAUUCCACGGUUUCUACAGUCGGAUCCUGGACACCAUCCGGAUGCCGUCCGCAUCUCUAUCAUGCUCGGUACAGCUGCAGUGCUUCUUCUGUCUAUGAAAGUUCGUCCUCGAGUCACAACAGUCCUGAUGCCAGUCUGGUGUCAUCCCCCACCACACCACCGUCUGUUUCGCCUUCUUUUUUUUCACACUCAAAACACCGGACAUCAAUCUCAUCCACCCAAUCUUCUACACUUGCGCCGCAGACCUAUGGCUCGCCCUAUGGGGUCUUUUAUCAGCCUUGGUCUUUAGACGGCUGA